CAGCACUUCGGGGACGCGACCAGCCUCCUGCGCGCAAUGGCAGACCCGGGCUACUCCCGGCUCUCGGGCAGAUGCGCCAUCCAUCCAUCCAUCCAUCCAUCCAUCCAUCCAUCCAUCCAUCCAUCCAUCCAUCCAUCCAUCCAUCCAUCCAUCCAUGCAUCCAUCCAUCCAUCCAUCCAUCCGACCGUCCGUCCGUCCUCCCGUACCGAUAUAGCCGGCGCGUUCGGGCACAGGGAUAUCUUUGUCCGGUAACUGCGCGGCGGCAGCGAAACCCUCCUGUUGGUUACUUAAGCAAACAGAAAACAGCAAAGACAUUGGACCACCCUUUGCAGAAGAACAUGUAGAUGCUAUGAUGUUCAUCCUGGUAAGUACAACAGAGUGUACAGAGUGUGUACAACAG